AUGGCGCUGCCCCCCAGCGCCCUGGCCAUGGAGUACGUCAACGACUUCGACCUGAUGAAGUUCGAGGUGAAGCGGGAGCCCUCGGAAGGGCGGCCCGGGCUCCCCACCGCCUCCCUGGGCUCCACGCCGUGCAGCUCGGAGCCGCCGUCGCCCUCGUUCAGCGAGCCGGGCGCGGUGGGCGCCGCGGAGGGCGCGCGGCCCGGCCUGGAGGAGCUGUACUGGCUGGCCGCCCUGCAGCAGCAGCUGGGCGCCGGCGAGGGGCUGGGGCUGAGCCCCGACGAGGCCGCCGAGCUGCUGCAGGGCCCGGGCCCGGGCGCCGGGGAGGCGGCCCCCGGCUUCUACGCGGGGAGCCCGGAGCCCGCGGCGGCGCCGCGCCCGCAGCUGGCCGAGCGGUUUUCGGACGCGGCGCUGGUCUCCAUGUCGGUGCGCGAGCUGAACCGGCAGCUGCGGGGCUGCGGGCGCGACGAGGCGCUGCGGCUGAAGCAGAGGCGCCGCACGCUCAAGAACCGCGGCUACGCGCAGGCCUGCCGCUCCAAGCGGCUGCAGCAGCGGCGCGGGCUGGAGGCGGAGCGCGCGCGCCUGGCCGCGCAGCUGGACGCGCUGCGCGCCGACCUGGCCCGCCUGGCCCGCGAGCGCGACCUCUACAAGGCGCGCUGCGAGCGGCUGGCCGCCGCCGGGGACCACGCCCACCUCCUGCUGUGA